AUGACGUGCAACUUCUGCGCCAAGUUAAACCCCCCUUACGAGCUAAUAGCACAAAGCAUAGACAAAUUGGCAACUUUCAAACCCCAUAACAGAGUUGCAACUGCAAAGCACUGCAUAACUGAGACUGGUGCCAGGGGUAGCAUAAUCUACGGGACAAACGACAACACUAAAACCGACAACAUGGUCAACUUCACAAUCGAUGACGUCAUUUUCAACCAGUUCGGAUAUGUGGAUGUCGUGCUGAUCCGGACCAGAGAAGCUAUGAAACUGGUUGGGAAGGGGCAGUCGGGUCCCCAGCCAAUCAAGUUGCCAAGAGGGGUGUCUGAGCAGCCGGUCGAGGGGGACAAAGUGGUGGUGGCUGGGUGGGGGUUCAGUUGUGGGGGAGACAAGAACUGCGAUGACCAAGACCUAUUGCCAACAACUCUUCAGCAAGUGGAGAUAUUGGUGGUGAAGCCAGUGUGUUUCUACCUGUGGGACACUCUGCUGUUCGGACCCAACCAGGUGGACACUCUCCUCUGUGCCUCCGGACCCCAAAUGCACGGCACUUUCCCCCAAGACUCCUGUGCAGGCGACUCAGGGGGACCCCUCGAGUGCACAGACGCCUCAGGUGAUAAAUAUUUGUGUGGUAUUGUUUCGAUGGGACCCAACCCGCCUCAGUGUGGCAGAUCCCCAGGGGGAUACACAAUGGUCAACAUAGACUGUGUGCGUCUCUUCCUCCAGAGCAGAGGCAACCAGUUUGCAGGAGAAGAGAUGUCCACGGAUGAUGACGAGCGACUAUGCGGGAGCAGCUUUUGGAAUUAA